AAUGCUUACCUGGCCGAAGGGGCUGCUGCAGCUGCUUCUGCUCCACACCGCCUGGAAAAUGGGGAGCGGCCAGCUCCAUUAUUCUGUGCUGGAGGAAUCCCAGCACGGCACCUUUGUGGGCCGCAUCUCCCAGGAUUUGGGGUUGGAGGUGAGUGAGCUGGUGCCUCGGAUGUUCCGGAUGCUGUCCAAAGGAGAGAAGGACUAUUUUGAGGUAAACCUGCAGAAUGGGAUCUUGUUUGUAAAUUCCCGGAUAGACAGGGAGGAGCUGUGUGCCAAGAAUGCAGACUGUGUCCUUCAUCUGGAGGUGAUUGUGGAGAAACCUCUGGCGUUCUUCCAUGUGGAGGUUGAAAUCAAAGACAUUAAUGACAAUGCUCCCAUCUUCUCUGCCAAGGAACAGAUCCUGAGCAUAGCAGAAUUGAUAACAGCAUCUGGUACUCGAUUCCUCUUAGAGAGAGCAUCUGAUGCAGAUAUUGGUACUAAUGCUCUGAUAACAUAUAAGCUUAGCCCAAGCAGACAUUUUGCUCUUGAUACAGGAAAUGAUGAAGAUGAGAGUAAAUCUGUAGUUCUUGUACUGAAGGUUCCUCUUGACAGAGAGGAGAGCCCUGUGCAUCAUUUAGUACUGACAGCCACUGAUGGGGGUGAACCAAAACUCACAGGAACCGUUCAGCUAGUCAUCAAUGUGCAGGAUGUCAAUGACAACCCUCCUGUGUUUAACCAAUCUGUUUACAGGGUAAAGUUGCUAGAAAACACAGUCAGUGGGUCAUUAGUUAUUACUCUGAAUGCUACAGACUUAGAUGAGGGGAUUAAUAGGGAAAUCUCUUAUUCUUUUCAUGAUAGUGUUGCUCUACAUGUCACAAAGUUGUUUAGUAUAAAUUCUGAUACAGGGGAUAUUAGAGUAAUUGGAAAGUUGGAUUAUGAAGAAAGCAAGUUCUAUGAACUUCCAAUUGUAGUACAAGAUAAAGGCAGCUCUCAAUUAACUGGGCACUGUAAGGUUCUCAUUGAAGUAUUGGACAUGAACGACAACAUUCCAGAAUUAUCUGUGAAUUCUCUCUCUGUGCCAUUGCCAGAGGACUCCCCUCCAGGGACUGUGGUAGCCAUCCUCAGUGCAUCUGAUAGGGAUUCUGGCAACAAUGGGCAAAUAGAAUGUUUUCUCUGGCCCACUGGAGUACCCUUCAAACUCAAAUCCACAUUCAAGAAUUACUACUCCCUAAUUGUUGGUGCAGUCCUAGAUCGAGAGCAGGUGACUGAGUACAGGAUGGUUGUGACAGUGGAAGAUCAAGGUGUUCCACCACUGUCUUCCAGUCUCACCCUUGUAGUACCUAUCAGUGACAUAAAUGACAACGCACCUGCUUUCCCACAGUCAUUCUACACAGUCUUUGUAAAAGAGAACAACCCCCCCGGUGCUCACAUCUUCACAGUAUCUGCCUCGGACCCAGACAUAGCUGAGAAUGGUCUGAUCACCUAUUGGAUAGAUGAGAAGCUCUGGCCAUUGUCAAGCUACAUCUCUGUACAUUCGGAGAGUGGAAAACUUUAUGCUUUGCAGUCUUUGGACUAUGAGGAGUUGAAACUGCUGGAGUUCCAGGUGAGAGCCAAGGAUGCUGGAAUCCCCUCCUUAUGUGGCAAUGCAACUGUUCAAGUCUUUGUGAUGGAUGAGAAUGACAAUGCACCUGUUGUGUCAAGAUCAUCAGAAGAGAACCUGAUUCUUCUAGUGGUCCCCGUGAUCCCUGGUCAUAUUGUAGGCAAGAUCCAUGCCUUGGAUGCAGAUUCUGGAUACAAUGCAUGGCUAAGAUAUGAACUGGUUGAAGAAAGCAAUGGUCCAUGGACUGUGGGGCAGUACAGUGGUGAGGUGAGUACCAAAUAUUCUAUGGAUGAUUCAGAAAGCAGCAAAAUCCAGAGUUUGUUGGUUCUUGUGAAGGACCAUGGAAAACCUCAACUGUCAGCCACCGCCACCUUGAGUGUUUCACUUGUGACAAGUGGUCAGACAAUCAAAACGGAUAUUAACCUUCAAAGAUCAGGGGAGAGCUUUGUUCCCCUGGUGGACUCGAUCAACGUCUAUCUGAUCAUUGCCAUCUGCUCUGUUUCCAGCCUCUUCCUCCUGGCCACUCUCAUCUACGUGGCCCUGCGUUGUCACUGUAAGAUAAAGGAACCCAUGGUUUAUGGCCCUGGUAUGGCCACCCUGGUCUGUGCCAGUGAAGUGGGCAGCUGGUCCUAUUCCAAUCGGCACAGCCACAUCCUGGCAGGUGUGAGCGCAGAGGCUGGUGCCAAGAGUGAUCUCAUGAUUUUCAGUCCCAAUAUUCCUGUCUUUGCAGAUAAUGGGGAACUUAUCAAUGGGGUGGAUGUGCCCCCAGAUUCUACUAAAAAGAGAAAAAGAGAAGAGCUUGCUGGUGUUGUCCCUGUGUCUGCAAUGCUUACCUGGCCGAAGGGGCUGCUGCAGCUGCUUCUGCUCCACACCGCCUGGAAAAUGGGGAGCGGCCAGCUCCAUUAUUCUGUGCUGGAGGAAUCCCAGCACGGCACCUUUGUGGGCCGCAUCUCCCAGGAUUUGGGGUUGGAGGUGAGUGAACUGGUGCCUCGGAUGUUCCGGAUGCUGUCCAAAGGAGAGAAGGACUAUUUUGAGGUAAACCUGCAGAAUGGGAUCUUGUUUGUUAAUUCCCGGAUAGACAGGGAGGAGCUGUGUGCUAAGAAUGCAGACUGUGUCCUUCAUCUGGAGGUGAUUGUAGAGAAACCUCUGAGGUUCUUCCAUGUGGAGGUUGAAAUCAAAGACAUUAAUGACAAUGCUCCCAUCUUCUCAGUCAGGGAACAGAUCCUGAACAUAGCAGAAUUCAUAACAGCAUCUGGUACCCGAUUCCCAUUAGAGAGAGCAUCUGAUGCAGAUAUUGGUACUAAUGCUCUGUUAACUUACAAGCUCAGCCCAAGCAACCAUUUUAUUCUUGAUUCAGGAAAUGAUGAAGAUGAGAGUAAAUCUGUAGUAUUUCUAUUGAAGGUUCCUCUUGACAGAGAGGAGAGCCCUGUGCAUCAUUUAGUACUGACAGCAACUGAUAGGGGAGAACCAAAACUCACAGGAACUCUUCAGCUAGUCAUCAAUGUGCUGGAUGUCAAUGAUAACCCUCCUGUGUUUAACCAAUCUGUUUACAGGAUAAAGUUGUUAGAAAAUACAGCUAGUGGGUCAUUAGUUAUUGCUCUGAAUGCAACAGACUUAGAUGAAGGGAUCAAUAGAGAAAUCUCUUAUUUUUUUAGUAAUAGUCUCCCUCUAGCUGUCACAAAGCUCUUUAGUAUAAAUUCUGAUACUGGGGAAAUCAGAGUGAUUGGAAAAUUGGACUAUGAAGAUAUUAAUUGCUAUGAACUUCAAAUUGUUGCAGAAGAUAAAGGCAUUUCUUCAUUAUCAGGACAUUGUGAAGUUUUUGUUGAUGUAUUGGACAUGAAUGAUAAUAUUCCAGAAUUAUCUGUGAAUUCUCUCACUGUGCCAUUGCCAGAGGAUUCCACUCCAGGGACUGUGGUAGCCAUCCUCAGUGCUUCAGACAAGGAUUCUGGAAUCAAUGGACAAGUAACCUGUGUACUACAGCCUUCUGAGCUUCCUUUCCAAAUAGAGUCCACAUUCAAGAAUUACUACUCCCUGAUUGUUGGAGCACCUUUGGAUAGGGAGCAGGUGACUGAAUACAGGAUGGUUGUGACAGUGGAAGAUCAAGGCAUUCCACCACUGUCUUCUAGUAUCAUCCUCUUAGUGCCUAUUAGUGACAUUAAUGAUAAUGCUCCAGCUUUCAGUCAACCCUCCUACACAGUCUUUGUGAAGGAGAACAAUCCCCCUGGUGCUCACAUCUUCACAAUAUCUGCCUCGGACUCAGACAUAGCUGAGAAUGGUCUGAUCACCUAUUGGAUAGAUGAGAAGCUCUGGCCAUUGUCAAGCUACAUCUCUGUACAUUCAGAGAGUGGAAAACUUUAUGCUUUGCAGUCCUUGGACUAUGAGGAGUUGAAAGUGCUGGAGUUCCAGGUGAGAGCCAAGGAUGCUGGAAUGCCCUCCUUAUGUGGCAAUGCAACACUUCAUGUCUUUGUGAUUGAUGAGAAUGACAACGCACCUGUUGUGUCAGGAUCAUCAGAAGAGAACCUGAUUCUUCUAGUGGUCCCUGUGAUGCCUGGGCAUAUUGUAGGCAAGAUCCAUGCCUUGGAUGCGGAUUCUGGAUACAAUGCAUGGCUAAGAUAUGAACUGGCUGAAGAAAGCAAUAGUCCAUGGACUGUGGGGCAGUAUAGUGGUGAGGUGAGUACCAAAUAUUCUCUGGAUGAAUCAGAAAGCAGCAAAAUCCAGAGUGUUUUGGUUCUUGUGAAGGAUCAUGGAAAACCUCAACUGUCAGCCACAGCCACCCUGAGUGUUUCACUUGUGACAAGUGGUCAGACAAUCAAAACAGAUAUUAACCUUCAAAGGUCAGGGGAGAGCUUUGUGCCCCUGGUGGAUUCAAUCAACAUCUAUCUGAUCAUUGCCAUCUGCUCUGUUUCCAGCCUCUUCUUGCUGGCCACUCUCAUCUACGUGGCCCUGCGUUGCCACUGCAAGUCAAAGGAAUCCAUGGUUUAUGGCCCUGGCAUGGCCACCCUGGUAUGUGCCAGUGAAGUGGGCAGCUGGUCCUAUUCCAAUCGGCACAGCCACAUCCUGGCAGGUGUGAGUGCAGAGGCUGGUGCCAAGAGUGACCUUAUGAUUUUCAGUCCCAACAUUCCUGUUUUUGCAAAUAAUGGGGAACUUAGGAAUGGGACAGAAUUGAUCCCAGAUUCAGCUAAAGAGGUGAGUUUCUGGUUUUUGGUAGUAAUUCAGAAUUGUAUCUUUAUUUUAUCACUUUAA